AGGCAGUCGGACUCUCCUUCACGGUGCAGCCGGCGCGAGUGGACGAGGGCGCGGUCAAGGACGCCAUGCGGACCGAAGAUACCCGAGGGCCGGGAGACCGCGCGGGCGCUCGCGUCACUCAAGGCCCGCCGGGUCAGCGCCGGCGCGCCCGGCGCCUUCGUCAUCGGCGCCGACCAGCUCCUCGUCUGCGGCGAUGAGUGGUUCGACAAGCCGGUGGAUGUGGAGGACGCGCGGGGGCAGUUGAAACGGCUGAGGGGCCGCCGCCACACCCUGGUGACCGCCGUCUGCGUGGUCCGCGACGAGGCUGAGAUCUGGAGCGAUGUGGCAUGUCCGCAGCUCACGAUGCGGCCCUUCUCCGACACCUUUCUGGAACGCUAUCUGGCCCGAGCGGGCGAUGGCAUCCUUGCCUGCGUCGGGGGUUACGAGGCGGAGGGGCUGGGCGCGCAGCUCCUCGCGAAGAUCGAGGGCGACUGGUUCGCGGUCUGGGCCUGCCGCUGA